AUGGGCUCUCCUGCAAUUAUGUUGCCUCAAAUGUCCUGCGCCUACCUUGUUAUCCAGGCGCUCGUCUCAUCGCCCUCUCCUGUCCCAAAUACGGGCGCCUCGCAAGCCGCUCAAACGACUGCAGGUUCAGCUCGACGUAACCUUUUCUCAUCGAGCAUUGCAUUGGCCCAGUACUCCUUCACUCUCCAGCUCCUUCUCCGUGUUAUCACAUUUGCUCUAAAUGGAUUGGCCUUUCGUCAUCUAGACGCGGGCGUGCUAGGUAUAAUAAAUUUUCGCUUGGGCCUCUACUACUCGACCCUUGUGUUUGCCGCCCGCGAGUCUUUCCGGAGAGCCUGUCUCAGCAGAGGUGGUGAAUUGUUAUCCCAGCAAAGUUUUGGAGACGGACCAUCCCUGCGCUCUGAUCGCCAACGCCUAUGGUACGGUCUCCUCAAUGUAAUGUGGCUGACUGUUCCCGCUGGUUUCCUCAUGAUCUUCGUUCUCCUGCCCGUCUGGCUCUUUGUUUGGCCUUCACCGACUCUGGACAAGACUGUCCUUGCGAUCGAUCCGACUGCGCUGGCUCGUCAGUACACUGUAUCAGCCCUUGUUUACUCUCUUUCUGCUCUAUUUGAGCUGGCCACGGAACCCUUGUGUCGAAUAGCCCUCGAGGCUAUUGCAAAUAUUGCGCGAGCAGUUGGCAUUGUUGUUAGUGUGGUCUAUUUGCCGAAGACUUAUGGCCUUUACUUACUGGCCUGCCCUCAGAUUCUUCAUGGAAUCACUCUCCUCGUUGGCUACGUGUUAUUCUUUGCAUGGGCGCUCUCACAACGGCGGCGUGAUUCUGUGUUUGGCGUUCUUCCCAUUGCAUCUCCGAGCGACUUGCUGCCAAAUCUAUCUGAAGCUUCCUUUGACCAGCCGUGUCUAAGGUUGUCAUGGGGCUUCUUUCGACAGGGUAUCCUCAAACAGUUUUUAACCGAAGGUGAACGCUACCUCAUUAGUGCAUUUCAUCUCCUUAGCUUUUCCGACCAAGUUGAUAUCUCUCUUCCUCUGCUCUGGGUUGUGCAGAGGUGUACCCCACAAGCCGGCUGCAUCAAGCUUAUCCGAACUGCAGCUGCUACUGUUAAUCUUUGCCAGGUGCGGGAACGAGCUUUCCUGCGUGUAGUGUCGCUUACGAUUCCAUCCCCCUUUGCUGAACACGCCGCACUUGCCCUGGUAUCGCCCUGUUGCGCCGCCUUUUCAUUUGAGAUGACCCUUAAGUCUUUGUGCGCAGUUGCCUUGUCAUACUCUUAUCGAUAG